AUGACUGAGCCUGAAGGAAAUCAAUUACUUCCGUGGCCAACGUUGGAACACGAAAAACUUAUCAUUCCAACAAGCUCCGUGGAUCCUGAAAAUGAUAAAGUCUUGGAAGAAACUUUGUUCAACCAAUACGAUCUCGACGUCAGCCUGAUUGUUAUGGCAAAUAUGGAAGAGCAGCUUUUAUUGAAUCAGAAAAGGAUCCUGCAACUUACAAAAAGGCUAAGAAGUCCGUUAACUGGGAUCUUUGGAAACGGAGUAGAUAUGGCCGUCGACAAAAACGCAGACAUUGGUCAAGAGUCAGACUCAGCCAACAAAGCAGAUCAACAACUUGGUGAACAAGGGGGAGACGCUCCUCAUACUGAAGAAGACCAAUCUAUCAACAACAAAGAAGAACUAGAUGACUUUCAAGAGAUAUCAUAUGACAAUAACUCAGAAGUGAACUCAGAAGAAGACACCAAACAAAGCAACCACCAACCGUCCUCUGAAGAAUCCAAAAGUCAAGCAGAGGUUGAGUCAAUCUCAUCAGGAUCACCAUCAGAUUCUGAAGAUGAAGCAGACAACAAAAGCAAAAACAGAAAAGUAAAGAAGAAAAGGCACAAUAAAGCAGAAGAUAACAUUAAGAAGUUGGAACGCAGACUAGCAAAGGCAAAAGCUGAAGCUAAGACAAAGGCAAAGAGAACAUCAAAACCAAAGUCAAAGUCAAAACGACAAAAUACAAAGAAAGGAAAGAAGGAAAGAUCUACUGGCUCCAAGAAGAGUACUGUAAUUCAGAUAGAAAUCGGAGUGAUUCCAAUAGGAGAACUUGUGCCAUUACAAAUAAAAUUGGACAAAGGACUAGAGGCACCUGCCAAAUUUGGUCUAUCUUUUGGAGACUGGUCCGAGUGCAUGAGGUUAUCAGAAGGUACCUUGCUGGCUAUUACGGUCAAGCCCCCCUGGCCAAACACCUCAAACUUCAUAUCAAAAACAUCACAGAUCUUCAUAAAACGGGUAGGCAAGGCACCAAUGAAAGACAUAGGUGCUCACAUUGCUAAAUAUGAGAACCAAGAAAAGGAGAAGUUCUUGUGGUUCAACGAAGCAAAGUGGGGCAAUACAAAUCCUUAUGCCAAGGGAGGCAGAGAAAGAUGCAUAAAUGAAGAAGAAUUUACUAACAUUGACCCCUUAGCACAACUGCUAGAUCAACAUGAACAUGAGUCCCACACCAAAGCACCUCUAAUAAAAAUGAAUCUACCAAACGCAAACGGGGGAAACAAGGAGAUUGUCCACAAAAUAGUCUCACCUCAAGCAACACCCAUGGCAUCCAACAAGUUUCCUGGAAGAGGAGGCAGAGAAGGUUGGAGAGGCGGAAGAGGUGGUUACCACAAUAGAUGA